GGCGGAGGAGGAGGGGGAGGCGACGGCGGCUGCAGCAUCCAGAGCUGGCCGCGGCGGCCGGCGCGCCCCGCGCACAAAGGCGCCCAGCCCCUGGGGAGGGUGAUGAGCGCACCGCAGCUCGGGCCCGGGCCCCAGCUGCAGCUACCGCUACGUGAGCCCAGGGCGCUGGGGAAGACGCCGGGCUCACCCGGGGCGGGCGGCCAAGGCGCGGCCCGUGCGCUCUGAGCGCGGGACUCGCCGCCCUCUGGGUCAGGCGCCAAGCUUUGGAGCGGCUAGAGCGCGGGCCUCGGCGCGCCCCCAGGAUCCGCGCAAUAAGGCGCUUCCCCACUCCCGGCCCGACCCCCCGCGUCCUCUCGCCGCGCCUGAGCACCAACUUCGCCAAGAACGCUCCUAACUCUAGGCCAUCCUGCCUGGCAGAGGGGGCGCUGCUGCUGGGUAUCAGCCUUAAGGACGCACCCCUGGCGCUGGGGAGAAAGCCGGCAUCUGCGGGGUCGCUCGGGCGCCCCUGAGUGGGCGGCGGCUGCAGCAGACGCCUCUCCGGGGAGUCCGGGACCUGCCAGCGCUGGGGAUUCUUCCCGGGCCGGCGCUCGCCCUCUCUUUUAUGGAGCUUGGGCCCCUGCCCCAGCCCGGUAGAGGCUGUGGAGGUCUUCGGUCCGGAAGCCUGGUUCCCAGCCCCGUGGCCCAUCCCUGGCUGCGGGGAGUGCAGGCUCCCACGACGUAGCGGUGGCCUGCAGCGGCCCCCUCCCCGCAGCCAACCAUGGGCCAGAAGCUCUCAGGGAGCCUCAAGUCGGUGGAGGUGCGAGAGCCGGCGCUGCGGCCAGCCAAGCGGGAGCUGCGGGGCGCAGAGCCCGGGCGGCCGGCGCGGCUGGACCAGCUGCUGGACAUGCCGGCGGCGGGGCUGGCUGUGCAGCUGCGCCACGCGUGGAACCCCGAGGACCGCUCGCUCAAUGUCUUCGUCAAGGAUGACGACCGGCUCACCUUCCACCGGCACCCGGUGGCGCAGAGCACCGACGGCAUCCGCGGCAAGGUGGGCCACGCCCGCGGCCUGCACGCCUGGCAGAUCAACUGGCCCGCCCGGCAGCGCGGCACCCACGCGGUAGUCGGCGUGGCCACGGCGCGGGCUCCGCUGCACUCCGUGGGCUACACGGCACUGGUGGGCAGUGACGCCGAGUCGUGGGGCUGGGACCUGGGCCGCAGCCGCCUCUACCACGACGGCAAGAACCGGCCCGGCGUGGCCUACCCGGCCUUCCUGGGGCCCGACGAGGCCUUCGCGCUGCCGGACUCGCUGCUGGUCGUGCUGGACAUGGAUGAGGGCACGCUCAGCUUCAUCGUGGACGGCCAGUACCUCGGCGUGGCCUUCCGAGGCCUCAAGGGCAAGAAGCUGUACCCGGUGGUGAGUGCCGUGUGGGGCCACUGCGAAGUCACCAUGCGCUACAUCAAUGGCCUUGACCGUAACUGAAUUCUGGGCUUUGUAGGAAAAUGUAGAGUUCCAUAGGCCUGCUAAGAACCUCUGGCAGUCCAGCCAAGAAAAGCAGCCUCUGGAAAGCAGGGGGCUCAGUGUGAGCUGC